AUGCCCUAUUGUCUUUUUUCGCACGCGAUGCUUUCGCAAUUGUGGGGAGCUCAAACAAGUAUGCCUCUGAACGAACAGCUUGAAUCGCUCAACAAGCAGCUAUGGAACGCUGGAAUCAUCGGGGCUCUUAGAGGCACGUUGGUGGGUCUUGUUUCUGGCUUAUAUCUCAACUACAAGUACAACAAUGGUCCCAAUGUUCGAUUUUUCAAUACCCCAUACAAGUUUCUAUAUCUUAUCAGUUGGAACGUAGCAGGAAUAAUCUUCACCACGGACAUUGCCAAGACGAAACUCAGGCACCAGAUUGCAAUUGAGGAUGAGAUUAAGCGUGAUACGUUUUUGCAACAAGAAUUGGCGCAAUCAAGACGAUGA